AUGUCACCAGGAGUACAUUUUACCCUUACUGAAGUUGCUUAUCGACAUACAGACGGAGACGUAAAAAUAGAUGAAGAAAACAAGUCAAAUGUAACAUGGAAUUCGUUGAUCUUGAAUGAACCUUCUCAAAACAGACCAAAGCAUCCACGUUUUCAAGGCCCGGAUGUAACCGAAGAGAUAAAACAGUUAAUAAGUGAUAUUCAUCUCGCUGUUUUCCAUUACUUAGAAGCUUCUCUCCUAGAAUCGGAUAACCCAGAAGCAAAGAAUCAUCUCAUUACGUGGUUUGGAAAUGAUAUACAACCUAUUGCGACUGAUAAAGGUUUAUACAGUAUUUCUACUGUCAUAAUACGUGAAUUGUCCCAUGCCAUCGUUGGCACAUUUGGUUUCGUUUAUGGAGAAACGGAGAGUAAAGAGCUAGCUAAAAAGAGUCCAGGCAAAGCUUUAGCUAACGGAUUUAACUAUCAGUGUUUUUCAGGAACCACAUAUCCAUUCGACUAUGGAAUAGAUGCAAUGACUGUUUUUCCGGUUGAUAAGAUUUUGAUUACCAAAGGUAAUAUUGUUGCUCAACUAACUGGAACUGUAGACGCAUUUAAAAUGGUCGAAGGCUAUCCCAAAUUAAUGCGAAAAGUCUUUGGAACAUUAACGGGAAAAUUUUUAGAAGGUUUUGACAGUUUGUUCCACUGUGAUAAUGAUGUGAAAAGAUAUGCCACAAAAGAUUCCGAGUAUGUUCGGUUUACAGGAAUGUCCCCGGAUAAAGGUUUUCCCAAAUCAAUUAAAGGAAACUUUGGUAACCUUCCCCAGGAAUUUUUUGAUGGGUUUGAAUCGGCAGCCCGUCUUCCAAAUAAAGUAUUUUAUGUCACUAAAGGAAGUAAAUAUGCGGCAUAUAGAGAAAACAGCUGUUCGGAUGUGUAUUAUAUCCACACAAUAUACGAUAGAUGGGGGAAUAUUCCAGCUUCGUUUGAGGAAGGUUUUGAUGCAAUGAUGUCAUAUCAAAAGAAGACGUAUGUGGUCAAAGGUCGUCAAUAUGUUCAAUACAGCGAUCCAAUAGCAACAAAAGUUGAUCCUGGUUAUCCAAAAAAUAUAAGAGGUAACUUUGGUAAAGUGGCCGAAAGUUAUUAUCCGUUUGCUUGAAAAACUGAACUAAAUACUUAAACUGCUUUCAUUUACGGAAAACUGAUUUGUAUUUUUUAUUUUUAAAGUAAUAACUUAGGAAUAAACUUAGUUUGAUUAUAUAACUUAGUAUGGAGAUGAAGAAAAACAACUAAAGAAAAACAUAUGAAGAAUAACAACUUUAUGACGAAUGUCCUCGUGGCAAUUUA